CAUCGGAGUAGAGUAUGAUGUUCCGAUUCCGACACAGAGUUUUGGAGUUCCACAAUUUCAGAGAUUAAUCUCACGGCGACGCCAAUUAACAAUCACAGUCUGAUCAAAAACCCAAAACCCUUCUCGUUCCCGCCAUUUCUCAGUUCUUCCGGCUCCGCUGUCUACUCUCUAUCUUCCUUCUCUCUCACUCUGAAAUCGCUUAUUUCCGUUUGCAAUUUCUGCGAUUGAUGCUUUCACUGCGUUCAUGUUACUAUCUACGCCCCGUUACAAUCGCAUUGCCUCAUCCCCAAUUCAAGAAACUCAUUUUCUUCAACAAAACUCAUUCUUUCAAACCCAUCCUCCCGAAUUUUGUUUCCGCAAUGUCUUCUCGUCCUUCGGCUUUCGAUGCUCUCAUGUCUGGUGCUCGGGCCGCUGCCAAGAAGAAGUCUGCAACUUCAACUUCUUCUCCCAAGAAGCGUAAAGCCCUAGAUUCUUUAGACCCUUCUCCAAAACCUAGCUCCUCCCACACUUUGGAGUCAAUGCUGCCUGUUGAAUCGCAGUGCGGCAACUCAAUUUUGGACAAUCCUGGAGGUUCUCAUCUGGGAACGGCCGAGAACGCGGUGGAUUUGGGAGAAACCAAGUUGGGUCAAGAUAAUGGCGGCAGUGUUGGAACCAAGAAUGGGCCGGCGGGGAGUAAAACGUGCGCGACAAGUGUUCAAGAAAGAACUGCGAAAUUGAAGAGUUCUAUUCCAGAAUUGAAAAAGAAAGCCAAGGAUUUCAACUCGAAAAAUGUUGCGUGUUGGAAAGAGGGCGAACGGGUCCCCUGUUUGUUUCUGUGUCUGGGCUUCGACAUGAUUUCUGAGGAGUCUAGUAGGAUUGUUAUCACCGAUAUUGUGUGUAACAUGUUGAGGACCGUCAUGGAUACCACACCCGACGACUUGGUGGCCACUGUAUAUCUUUUGGCUAAUAAGAUUGCUCCAGCCCACGAAGGGCUUGAGUUGGGGAUUGGGGAUUCCUCUAUUAUCAAAGCUCUUUCUGAGGCUUUUGGAAGGACAGAGGCGCAGGUUAAAAAACAGUACAAGGAACUAGGAGAUUUAGGUCUUGUUGCCAAAGCGAGCCGUUCAUCGCAGUCCAUGAUGCGAAAGCCUGAUGCUUUAACUAUUGCCAAAGUAUUUGACACAUUUCGGCUGAUUGCUAAGGAAUCUGGCAAGGAUAGUCAAGAGAAGAAAAAGAACCAUAUCAAGUCACUGCUUGUUGCUGCCACAGACUGUGAACCUUUAUAUCUGAUUAGAUUGCUGCAGACAAAAUUGCGAAUUGGACUUGCUGAACAGACUCUUUUAGCUGCAUUAGGCCAAGCUGCUGUGUAUGCUGAAAAACACUCUACGCCACCACCAAACAUUCAAUCUCCUCUAGAAGAGGCUGCUAAGACUGUAAAGCAAGUGUAUUCUAUACUCCCAGUUUAUGAUAAACUUGUCCCUGCACUUCUUACUGGUGGUGUGUGGAAUCUUUCAAAAACAUGCAACUUUACACCAGGUAUUCCAAUUGGACCCAUGCUAGCAAAACCAACAAAGGGAGUGUCCGAGAUCUUAAAUAAAUUCCAGGAUUUGGAAUUUACUUGUGAAUACAAAUAUGAUGGUGAACGUGCACAGAUACAUUACUUGGAAAAUGGUUCAGUUGAGAUAUACAGUCGAAAUGCUGAACGAAACACUGGAAAGUUCCCCGAUGUUGUUCUAACGGUAUCAAGGGUAAAGAAACCAUCUGUAAGAUCGUUUAUUUUGGAUUGUGAACUUGUUGCUUAUGAUCGUGGAAAACAGAAGAUUCUGCCUUUCCAGAUUCUGAGUACUCGAGCUCGCAAGAACGUGGCCGUGAGUGAUAUUAAGGUUGAUGUGUGUGUAUUUGCCUUUGAUUUAUUAUAUCUUGAUGGUCAACCACUUAUUCAGAGAGAACUUAAUGUUCGUCGAGAGCUUCUCUAUGAUUCAUUUAUGGAAGAACCUGGGUAUUUUCAAUUUGCCACCGCAAUAUUAACAAACGAUCUUGAGGAAAUACAGAAAUUCCUUGAUGCAUCUGUUGAUGAAAGUUGUGAAGGUUUAAUUAUCAAAACAUUGAAUAGAGAUUCUACUUAUGAGCCAUCCAAGAGGUCACAUAACUGGUUAAAACUGAAGAAGGACUACAUAGACAGCAUAGGGGAUUCACUUGAUCUGGUACCAAUUGCUGCCUUCCAUGGCCGUGGGAAGCGUACAGGUGUCUAUGGCGCAUUCCUCCUUGCUUGUUACGACAAUGAUAAUGAAGAAUUUCAAAGCAUUUGUAAGAUAGGAACUGGKUUUUCUGAAGCAAUGCUUGAGGAACGUUCUACUAGUCUUCGUUCUAAAGUCAUUACUGAACCGAAGUCAUAUUAUCGGUAUGGAGAUACAAUCAAUCCGGAUGUUUGGUUUGAGCCUACGGAGGUUUGGGAGGUUAAAGCAGCAGACUUGACUAUUAGCCCAGUUCACCGUGCAGGAGUUGGCAUUGUGGAUUCUGAUAAGGGAAUUUCUCUUCGGUUUCCACGUCUUGUUCGUGUAAGGCAAGACAAAACUCCAGAGGAAGCUUCAUCAUCAGAGCAGGUUGCCGACAUGUAUAAUGCUCAAAAACUCAACCAUCAAAAUAAUCGAGAUGAUAAAGAUGACGACUGAGAAAUUGAAGUUUUUACUCGCUCCAAACGUGUUGCAUUCUCAAUUUUCAACUGGAGAAUUAUUGGCAAAUUACCAUGUUUGGUGCCAUGGAACAUGUCAUUGUCUGCUUGGGCCCUUGAGUAUGUGUCAGGUUCAAACGAUCAGAUUUUAGCCGACCUCGGUAUUCCUUGCAAUUGCAAUACUUAAAAUGUUUUCCUGAUGUUGAGCAAGUAGUUACAUGGCCCACAUGUUCUCAUAACACCUUUAACAAUGUAGACAAAAGGUGAAAUCAAUUGUUAUGUUACUUCUACUACGACAUUUUGUACAUUAUAAUUUAUGAUAUUAUAUGAGAUGUUUCUUGUAUCGCGUUCAA